AUGGUGCCAAAAGCGAAGAAGGAAGCUCCUGCCCCUCCCAAAGCGGAAGCUAAAGCGAAGGCCUUGAAAGCCAAGAAGGCAGUGCUGAAAGGCGUCCACAGCCACAAAAAGAAGAAGAUUCGCACAUCGCCCACCUUUCAGCGGCCCAAGACCCUGCGGCUACGAAGGCAGCCUAAAUACCCCCGGAAGAACGUGCCCAGGAGGAACAAGCUUGACCACUAUGCCAUCAUCAAAUUCCCCCUGAACACCGAGUCAGCCAUGAAGAAGAUAGAAGACAACACACUUGUGUUCAUUGUGGACGUCAAGGCCAACAAGCACCAGAUCAAACAGGCUGUGAAGAAACUCUACGACAUCGAUGUGGCCAAAGUCAACACCAUCAUAAGGCCCGACGGAGAGAAGAAGGCGUAUGUCCGGUUGGCUCCUGAUUAUGAUGCUCUGGAUGUUGCCAACAAAAUUGGAAUCAUCUAAACUGAGCCCUGCCGGCUAAUUCUAAAUAUACACUUUCAACAUAAAUAAUGCUGCCUGUCUUUUUUUUUU